AAAAAAAUUAAAAACACAUUGAUUAUACUUUAAGGAGUUAAUAUAAGUCUUAUCAAGAUGAGGACUUCAGUUCUUCUAGUGAUGGUCCUAGUUAUAAAUUCGACCUCCGCUCACAAGAUUCUUUGCAUAACUCCAGCGCCAACUCGCAGCCAUGCCACACUUGGUAGAGGCAUUGUUAAUACUUUACUAGAAGCUGGACAUCAGGUAACAUGGGUGACGGCGUUCCCAGAUAAAUCUAUUAAUAAAAAUUUAAGGCAGAUUGAUUUGCCUAAAUCUAGGGAAAUAAUAAAAGACAUUGACGCCACGAAUCAAGGACGUAUGAGUAUGUCUAUGUUGCGAGAGUUCGCAAGAAACAUAUCCAUUGCUGCGUUGGAGACGCCCGAACUAAGGAAUGUUCUGAUCAACGAAAAAUUUGACGCUGUUGUCACUGAAUGGUUUUUCUCUGACUUGGAAGCAGGAUAUGCGGCUGUCCAGCAAAUACCUUGGAUCUUGUUGAGUGGCGUAGUAAUGCAUCCUUACAUGGAAUAUUUAGUGGACUCGGUCCGCACGCUGCCUGUCACUCCCUUCAUGAUGAACGAUUUUCCCGUGCCCAUGAACCUCUGGGACCGACUCUCCAAUACCUUCAGCUUUGGGAUGUUCAUGUUUGGCAUUUGGCAAGACAGUACAGCCGUAGAAGCGCACUAUGAUAAGCAAUUCUCGUCAAUCGCGAAGGCACGCGGUGUGUCCCUACCACCGUUGUCAAUCUCACGUCACAACAUCUCGAUCAUGUUGGUCAACUCACACACGUCCUUUGCUCCCGCGCAGCCUCUGCCGCCCAAUGUGAUUGAGAUCGCCGGAUAUCACAUAGAGGAGACAACGCCGCCAUUGCCAAAGGAUUUACAAGAUCUUCUAGAUUCUUCUCGCAAUGGUGUGGUCUACUUCAGUAUGGGAUCUGUUCUUAAGUCCGCUGCACUCCCAGAAAGUACUAAACGGGAGCUGUUAAGAGUCCUGGGAUCACUUCCUUAUACGGUGCUUUGGAAAUUCGAAGAGCAAUUAGAAGGGCUUCCUAAGAAUGUCCACAUCAGAUCUUGGAUGCCACAAGCUAGUAUUUUAGCGCAUCCAAAUGUAAAAGUGUUCAUAACACACGGAGGUCUUCUGAGCACAUUAGAAGCAUUGAGGUACGGUGUACCGCUACUUGCCAUACCGGUAUUCGGAGACCAGCCCGGGAACGCAAUCCGAGCGAUGCGGUCAGGAUACGCGCGCAAGGUCACCUUCUCACCAGACAUGGCACCAGAAUUGGAGAGGGAGUUGAAACAUAUGCUAGCUGAUGAUACGUAUUACAAAAAAGCUAAGGAGCUGUCAAAGUUGUUCAACAAUCGGCCUGUCACACAGAGAAAGCUCAUCCAACACUACAUAGAGCUUGCUAUAGAUACUAAAGGAGCAUAUCAUCUUCGUUCAAAGAGUCAAUUGUACAAAUGGUACGAACUCUGGAUGUUAGACCAACUAGCGGUAGUCGUAACCGCUUUACUCUUUAUAUAUUUACUUCUAAAGAAGAUUGUUAGCGUAUUCACCAAGAAGAAUGUUAAAGAAGUAAAGAAGAGCAAGAAGAAUAAAUAAUUUUAAAAGUUUUGUGACAUUUGUAUUCAUCAUCAUCUCCUUGUCUCACCUACCUAGGGUCGGUGCACCAGGUUUCCCUCCUCCAAAUGAAUCUGUCUGCCUUCAUCUCCAUUCCUUGAUCAUGUCAUCUUUCACGCAAUCCAUCCAUCUCUUC